CUUUUGGCUUUGAGGAGCUGUUACAGAGGGGGUUGGAACUCCAGCCCUGUGACACAGGUAAACAACGUCUCUGAACCUUCAUUGUUACAGCCCAGCUGCAAGUCUGACCCAGAGGAGACAGGAUUCUAUCCAAGGAGUCUGGGAUGCAAAUUUAUGCAGAUGACAGCAAUUAGUCUACUGUAUAUUUGUAUUUGUUUGCUUGAAACAGCGGCUCUGCCAACCUGUCAGUCCAGCCAUGCAAGAGAGAGAGACAGAGAAAAAAGAAAGGAGGGAGUGAAGCAGAGAUUCUUUCAAACCUCGGCAGGCACUAAGGUUUCCAAUGAACAAAGAAAACAAAUAACCUCAAGUGUGUCCUGUCAGUUGAUGCCACGAGGUGGAGAUGAGGAAGACGACGGACCAGAGCGGUUCCUACAGACCCGUGAGCAUCCAGGGAAAUAAGGUCAGUUAUCGAGGCACUUGUCAAGAAAGGCCUGAAAAGGGGGUGAAAAGGCUGCAGAAACGGUUCCUCCACAAGGAUGGCAGCUGCAAUGUCUACUUCAAGCACAUCUUCGGGGAGUGGGAGAGCUACGUGGUGGACAUCUUCACCACGCUGGUGGACAUCAAGUGGCGCCACAUGUUCGUGAUAUUCUCCCUGUCCUACGUGCUCUCGUGGCUGUUCUUCGGGCUGGUGUUCUGGCUCAUAGCCAUCCAGCACGGGGACUUGUUCAGCGACGAGGGGACGACCCCCUGUGUUGCAAACGUCCACAGCUUCACGGGGGCGUUCCUGUUCUCCCUGGAGACGCAGACGACCAUCGGGUACGGGUCCCGCUGCGUCACCGAGGAGUGCUCGGCCGCCAUCCUCAUGGUGAUCCUGCAGUCGGUGCUGAGCUGCAUCAUCAACACCUUCAUCAUCGGGGCGGCCCUGGCCAAGAUGGCCACGGCUCGGAAGAGGGCUCAGACCAUCCGUUUCAGCUACUACGCCGUGGUCGGCCUGAGGGACGACAAGUUUUGCCUCAUGUGGCGCAUUGGCGACUUCCGGCCCAACCACAUGGUGGAGGGGUCCGUGAGGGCUCAGCUGCUGCGCUACAAGGAGGACAAGGAGGGCAGGAUGACCAUGGAGUACAGGGACUUGAAGCUGCUGAAUGACCAGAUCAUCCUUGUCACCCCGGUGACGGUUGUCCAUGAAAUCAACAGUGAGAGCCCCUUGUACGGCCUGGACAGGAAGGCCCUGGCCAAGGACAACUUUGAGAUCUUGGUCACGUUCGUCUACACGGGCGACUCCACGGGAACCUCACACCAGUCCCGGAGCUCGUACAUGCCUGGAGAGAUCCUCUGGGGCCACAGGUUUAACGAUGUCCUGCAUGUGAAGAAGAAAUACUACAAGGUGGAUUGCUUGCAGUUUGAGGAGACCACCGAGGUUUAUGCCCCUCACUGCAGUGCCAUGCAGCUGAAUCUGAAGGAGCAGGAGUGGAACCGAGCCGAGAAGACACGGGAAAAAGAAGUAGAGUCAUCAGCACUGGAGAUCAAGACAUUUAGCACCACUCAAAAGUCAUUCAGUGCUGUUGCCCUGGUCACCAGCUGUGAAGACCCAGAAGACCCAAUGACAGCUGUGACACCUUCUGAAGAGGUUUCUUACCAAAAAGCAGCCGUGACCCUGAGCAGGCUCUCCAUAGAGUCCCAAAUCUAGCUCUGACUGCAAUUAAAGUCACUCCCAACAGA